AUGAGUAACCAGACGCUGGUGACACAGUUCAUCCUGCAGGGCUUCUCAGAGCACCCAGAGUACCAGGUACUCCUAUUUGGCUGUUUCCUCUCCCUCUACACUGUGGCGCUCACUGGCAACAUCCUCAUCAUCUUGGCCAUCACCCUCAACCCUGGGCUCCACACCCCCAUGUACUUUUUCCUGUUCAACCUGGCUACUAUGGGUAUUAUCUGCACCUCGUCCAUCAUGCCCAAGGCCCUGCAGGGUCUGGUGUCACAGCAGAGCACCAUCUCCUAUGGGGGCUGCAUGGCCCAGCUCUACUUCCUCACGUGGGCUGCAUCCUCAGAGCUGCUGCUCCUCACAGUCAUGGCCUAUGACCGCUAUGCCGCCAUCUGCCACCCCUUGCAUUAUGGCACCAUGAUGAGCAAGGCCUUCUGCAGCCUGCUGGCCGCUGGUGUGUGGAUGCUCUGUGCCUUCAACACGGCCAUACACACAGGGCUGAUGCUACGCUUGGACUUCUGUGGCCCCAAUGUCAUCACACACUUCUUCUGUGAGGUCCCCCCUCUGCUGCUGCUCUCCUGCAGCUCCACCUAUGUGAACAGCAUCAUGAUCGUCCUUGCGGAUGCCUUCUACGGCAUCCUCAACUUCCUGAUG